AUGGCUGACGGAAUCGACAGACGUGCUGAUGAGCGCAUGCAGUUCAACACCUCCAAGGAGGUCACGGUGGCGCCGACAUUCGAGGACAUGCACCUGAAGGAAAGCCUUCUGCGCGGAAUUUAUGCAUACGGCUACGAAUCUCCUUCUGCUGUUCAGUCUCGCGCUAUCGUUCAGAUCUGUAAAGGCCGUGACACCAUCGCACAAGCGCAGUCCGGUACUGGUAAAACGGCGACUUUCUCGAUCAGUACCCUGCAAGUCAUCGAUACGGUUGUGCGCGAAACCCAAGCGCUUGUCCUCUCUCCAACUCGUGAACUUGCGACUCAGAUUCAAUCCGUCAUCAUGGCGCUCGGUGAUUACAUGAACGUCCAAUGUCACGCUUGUAUUGGCGGUACCAACAUUGGCGAGGAUAUCCGAAAGCUGGAAUACGGUCAACACGUUGUUUCUGGAACACCUGGCCGUGUCGCGGACAUGAUCCGUCGCCGACACUUGCGGACACGCCACAUCAAGAUGCUUAUUCUCGAUGAAGCCGAUGAGCUUUUGAACAAAGGUUUCCGCGAGCAGAUCUACGACGUAUAUCGGUACUUGCCACCGGCCACACAAGUGGUGGUUGUCUCUGCCACUCUGCCCUACGAUGUGCUGGAUUUGACCACCAAAUUCAUGACGGACCCAGUGCGCGUGCUUGUCAAGCGUGACGAGCUGACCCUGGAAGGAAUCAAGCAAUACUUUAUCGCAGUGGAGAAGGAAGAAUGGAAGUUUGACACCCUCUGUGAUCUUUAUGACACUUUGACAAUCACGCAAGCCGUCAUCUUCUGCAAUACCCGCCGCAAGGUGGAUUGGCUAACGGACAAGAUGCGCGAGGCGAACUUCACCGUCUCGAGCAUGCACGGUGAGAUGCCACAGAAGGAGCGUGACAGUAUUAUGCAAGAUUUCCGCCAAGGCAACUCCCGAGUCCUGAUCUCUACCGACGUCUGGGCUCGCGGCAUUGAUGUCCAGCAGGUCUCGCUGGUCAUCAACUAUGAUCUUCCCACCAACCGUGAGAACUACAUUCACCGUAUUGGUCGCAGUGGUCGUUUCGGCCGCAAGGGUGUGGCCAUCAACUUUGUCACAAGUGACGACGUCCGUAUCUUGCGUGAUAUCGAGUUGUACUACUCGACUCAGAUCGAUGAAAUGCCGAUGAACGUUGCGGAUCUUCUCUCGUAA